AUGGAGAUAAGUGGAUGGAUCUACGUCGUCGUUAUCAUCCUGGGAAUCAUUAUCGCGGCGACUCUGAUUGGCUGUCUCCUCACCAUCCUCGUCAUCUGGACACGCCCAGUCCUGCAGAAGCUGGUCAACGCCCCUCUGGUCAGCCUCAGCUGUGCAGACAUCAUCUCUUCUAGCUUCGGCGCCCCUCUCUUGAUCCAUGCUUUCCUGCAUCCCGGCUGGGAACCGCCAGGGGCGCUGUGCUGGCUUCAGGCCUAUGCCACUGUAGUCCUAUGGGGGGUAUCAAGCUGUCACAUGGCGUGUAUCGCAGUACAGCGGUACUUCAUGGUCUGUACUAGCAGCACACUUCUGAAGUCUAAACGUGUGCUGUUUUCCAUGCUCUCCCUCACAUGGCUGAUUCCUUUCCUUUCAGCUUUGCCUAUACACAUUGUUGAAGAAGUAAAGGUGAACCCAAAGCUGAAACGCUGCGGGAUGGGAGCGUCUACUAAUCAAUGGGGAAAGAUGCUGCCAACCGUGGUUUCUUUCAUGGCCCCGUUCAUAGUCACCAUAAUCUCGUACGCGCUCAUUCUGUACCACGUGAGGAUGAGUAAGAAGCGAGUAGGCGCUCACGGCAGCAGUCCUCAAAACAGCGCCGCCGAAAGGCAGAUCACCAGAAUGAUGAUGAUACUGUUCGCUGUGUACACAGUCUGCAGCAUGCCCUUGAUAGUGAUGGUGAUAUUUUCCAGCCGAGUCCCACCCGAAGCUUUUACUGUAGGUCAGGUACUCAUGGCUCUGAACGGCGCGCUGAACCCGAUUAUAUACGGCCUCAUGAACAGGAAUAUCCGCCAGGGGUAUAAACAUAUCAGGGACAGCAUGCUGAACAGCAUAGUCUAA